AGAGGGAGAUUGAGUUGGGAGUUUUGUGUCAUUGUGUGUGUGUUCUUCCUUCCUUCUGCUUUGGUUGCAAGACUUUGGAAUCCAGCUAGGGAGAGAGAGAGAGAGAGAGAGAGAGAGAGAGAGAAGGGUUUUCAAAACAGUGAAGUGGGUUGGUUGGUGGGAUCAGCACCAGACACAAUGUCAAAAUCAGCGUGAGAAAAGAAGCAGCAGCUUGUAGGAAUAUAAGUAUUUCUUGUGGGGGGUCAGCUAGGGUGGAUUAGGCCUGAGGAUUAAGAUGCUUCUCUGAUUAGAUGGGACGAUGAAUUAGGGUGGAGAUCAGCACAGGAGACUCCAUGAUUUAAGAGGGAUAAACCAUGAUGGAGAGUAGAAGAAGAUGAUAGACCUCUGUAGCUUGUUUUGACUUCCAUUAAAUAAGCACGUUGGGAGAUUUGGAAGAUCAAGGCUGUAUUUAUCACCAGGCCUGGGCAAAGAUUAGAUGGAACUGGGAGGCCAAGAACAGGAAAGAGAGAUGCCAAGUUCUUUGGGGUACAAGUACAACCCUCCACAUGAAGAUUCUUCCUCCAAAUUCUCUCCUGCAAAUACAGCCUCUGGUGUUAGAAGAGAUCAAACCCUAGAUCAUCGCAAUCAUCUAUAUCCUCAGAACCACCACCCACCAAAUCCACACCAAUCAGCAAGCAAGCCUAGAAGAGAGUAUCAAGAAACCGACCAAGAUCAGUUUGCAGUUGCGUCUCCAUCUCCGAUCGCUGUAGCUCCCGGGGGCAGUUCGGUCAGCAUUAGACCACACGCGGAACCGCUCUCACCGCCGCUAGGGCGACACACGCAAUCCCCCACGCCAGAGCUGCAGCUGGCGACCGCUAUUGUCUCUGCCUCCACUGUCCGGUAUAGAGAGUGCCUCAAGAAUCAUGCGGCAAGCAUGGGCAGCCAUGUUGUCGACGGUUGCGGAGAAUUCAUGCCCAGUGGGGAGGAAGGGACGCCGCGGUAUUUCAGAUGCGCUGCGUGUGAGUGCCACCGCAAUUUCCAUAGGAAGGAGGUCGAUGGUGAACCGCAGUACACACCUAGCCACUACUAUAGCAGCAACAAAACGAAUGGCCAAAGAGCUGCUUUACCUCCUCCCCAACAACAUCAUGCAAUUCCCCAGCCAAACCCAAUCAAUCUGCAUCACAGGUUCUCUUAUUGCAUAUCAAGUGCUGCUGCUGCCACCGCUGGCAUGGCGGCCCCAAAUCAACAAGUGAUGAUGGCCUUCGGCGGGGGUGUCCCGGAAGAUUCUUCAAGUGAAGACCUUACUAUGAUUCAACAUAGUGAUGCUGUGCUUCGAUCGACACAGCUGGGGUCAUCGAAGAAAAGGUUUCGGACAAAGUUCACUCAGCAACAGAAAGACAUCAUGUUGGAAUUCGCCGAGAAGUUGGGGUGGAGGAUUCAGAAGCAAGAUGAACAAGAAGUGAUGCAAUUCUGCGCCGAGGCCGGUGUGACAAGGAAGGCCUUCAAAGUGUGGAUGCACAACAACAAACAAGCCAUGAAGAAGCAACAAAGGUAAAAAGAUCAAGUUACUCUUGUUAGGGAAUAAGAUUGUAAUUGUCGAUACUGUCUGUUCAUGAUUAGAGGAAAUAGAUCGGAGCAGUCAAUUUUGGCUGACUUCCCCCCGUUUCCAAGGCUUUGUUGUAGCAAAGAUCCUGCCGUUUUUAGAUGCUUCCGAAUCAUCAGCAACUCAGAGCUGCUUAUUAAUUCAUGGUAAAACCUGCCUACCGUCCCCAAUUGAGGCCUCUUAUAUGUUGGGGGACAUUGAAUUAUACAGAAAGAUAAUAGCUAGAAUGAAUUUUUUGG